AUGUUUUCUCAAUCAGAGCAGGAUCUCACCUGUGCCGUCUGUCAGGACAUCUUUAAAGAUCCUGUUGUUCUGUCAUGCAGACACAGCUUCUGUAAGGAAUGUCUGCAGAACUGGUGGGGACAAAAGCAGAGACACGAGUGUCCUCUUUGUAAGAAAGUAGCAUGGACAAGUGAUCCACCUCAUAACUUGGCUUUAAAGAAUCUGUGUGACGCCUUCUUACUGGAGAGAGAUCCCCAGGCUUCAUCAGGCUUUAAGGAUAUCUGCAGCCUGCACUUUGAAAGAGUCAAACUCUUCUGUGAAGAUGAUCAGCAGCCAGUGUGCUUGGUCUGUCGAGAUUCAAAUAUGCACAACAACCACAAAUUCAGACCAAUUGAUGAAGCUGCACAGGAUCAUAGAGAGGAGCUGCACGGAUCUCUGGCACCUUUAACAGAGAAACUGAAGCUCUUUGUCACAGUUAGAGGCCACUAUGAUCAGACAGCUGAUCACAUUAAGGUCUGGGCACAAAAUACAGAGAGCCAGAUUAAACAGCAGUUCAAGAAGCUGCGCCAGUUUCUACAAGAGGAAGAGGAGGCCAGGAUCUCAGCUCUGAGGGAGGAAGAGGAACGGAGGAGUCAGAGUAUGAAUAUGAAGAUUGAAGUCCUGAACAGAGAGAUAGCAGUUCUGACAGACACAGUCAGAGCCACAGAAGAGGAGCUGAGAGCUGAUGACGUCUCACUCCUGAGGAACUACAAGGCUGCAGCGAAAAGAGUCCAGCAGCGCCCCCUGCUGGAUGAUCCAGAGCCAAUCUCAGGAGCUCUGAUUGAUAAAGCCAAACACCUGGGCAACCUGAGCUUCAAUAUCUGGAAUAAGAUGAAGGAGAUGAUCUCCUUCAUGCCUUUAAUUCUGGAUCCAAACUCUGCUCAUCCACUCCUCCUCCUGUCCAAGGACCUAACCACUGUGAGUUAUGGAACGAGACAGAAGCUUCCAGAUAAUCCAGAAAGGUUUGACUACUAUGACUGUGUCCUGAGCUCAGAGAGCUUUGACUCUGGGACUCACAGCUGGGACGCUGAGGUUAUAAAUGCUAACCUCUGGGGCAUAGGCGUGGUGCAGGAAUCUGUUCGAAAAAAGGGAGAAAUACUGAGUGGCUGCUGGGCUUUACGUUACUCAGAGGGAAUAUAUUGUAGAUGCUCUCCACCACUCAAAGACAAAGUUCUAUUAGUAAAAAUAAACCCACAGAGGAUCAGAGUUUAUCUGGACUUUGAUGGAGGAAAACUGUCAUUCUGGGAUGCUGACACUAACUCAUUCAUACACACCUUCAAAGAAGCUUUCACCGAGAGACUGUUUCCAUACUUUGGCACCCUGAACAGCCUUUCACUGAGGAUUUUACCAAAGAAAAUCUCAGUAACAGUAGAACAGCCAAAGCUGCCUUUAUUUUCAGGCUUCCUGCUUAGUUUCUACAGGCCUUAG